CGCCGCUGUUCACCUGCUCGCCUCACAGAGACGUGGGAGCGGGAAAACCCCGGAAAGAGAGCGAGAGAAACCCCGUCUGGACUUCCAGCCGAACCGCUCGCGGGAAAUUGACAAAACAAGACCACAACGGGUCCAGCUCGACGAGGAAGAUCCAGCCGAAGUCACGUACCGACGCCCGUCCUACAGGUGACCCCAGACCCGCCGGGAUGCGUGCUGCCGCCCUGCUGCUGCUCGCGCUCACCAGCGCCGGGACGCUGCUGCGAGUGAGGAGCAUUGACACGGUCAUUGGCCUGUAUGGAGAGACCAUCGUGGUACCCUGCAACAACGGAACGCCUCCGCCAGAGAAGCUCAUGUUCAUCAAGUGGAAAUACGAGAAAGAUGACAACACCGCUGGCGACCUGCUGGUCAAACAGGCCCACAAGCAAGAAGCCACGGUGCAGGCCACGGACGACUACGCCCAGCGUGUUAGCAUCGCUGCCAACUCCAGCCUGCUGAUCACCCAGGGCUCGCUGAAGGAUGAGAGGGUCUUCACCUGCAUGGUGGUGUCUGCUGCCAACCUCAUGGAGUACCCCGUCACCGUCCUCGUUUACAAGAAACCAUCGGUACCUGAGAUUACUGACAAGGCCCAAGUCUUGGACAAGGAUAAACCAACUGUGUUGGGAACGUGUGUAGUGAAGGAUGCCAACCCCGCUGCUGACAUCACGUGGACAAAGAACGGGCAGCCUUUGGUGGCCGAUAAGAAAGCCAUUUUGAUCAACCCUAGUGUGAAGUUGGACCCCGCCACGGGCCUGUCCAGCACAUUUUCCAUCCUCCAGUACACAGCUACGAAGGAGGACAUUGGUGCCCGCUUCACCUGCCGUUCCACACAUAAACUGGCCUCGCAGGAGUCUGCACCGGAGACGUUUUCCAUUCAUUAUCCGACAGAGAAUGUGAACCUCCAGGUGCUGGCGGAGGGGCCAAUCACAGAAGGGGACAAUGUUACAUUGAAGUGCCAUGCAGAUGGGAACCCCCCACCCAGAAGCUUUUACUUCCACAUCAAGGGCGAGAAGGUGCUGGUGGCAGAUUCUGACACCUACACCUUGGCUGCCGUCACGCGAGACAGUGCAGGGAAAUACCAGUGCUCGCUGGUCGACAACGACAAAAUGGAGGCUUCACGAAGCCUCGUUGUUAAUUACCUGGACCUGAGUCUGAGUCCGACAGGAAGGGUUGUAAAGAGAGUCGGGGACAGCCUCGUGGUGAGGAUGGAGAAGAACGCCUCGAGUGACGUUACCGUGUCGUGGACCAAGGACGGUAAGGCGGUGCCUCCACCCAAGUUUGUCAAGCUGACAUAUGCAGAUGCAGGCAUGUACGUUUGUGGCAUUACCAUGGCCAGCCUCACGCGUCGCCGCUCCUUUGACCUGGUCGUAGAAGGCAAGCCCAUGAUCACCAGACUGAGCAAGCAGCGCACAGAUGACAACAGACACAAGGUCCUGACCUGCGAGGCCCAGGCGGUGCCCGAGCCCAGCGUCCAGUGGAGUGUCAAUGCUACCAGUGAGGACAGUUCCUACGUCAAUGGCAAGGCCAUCCACAAGAUCACUGUGAUGGCUGUGGCAAACCUUACUGUCACCUGCAGCGUUAGCAACAAGCUGGGAGAGGAUGUGAAGACCAUCAACAUCUCCUCCUUAAUUAAAGAGGAUUCAGAGAAUGGAGGGUCACAAGAAGGUGCUGAGGAUCAGGCGAAGCUCAUAGUGGGCAUUGUGGUGGGGCUCCUCAUAGCUGCAGCUGUGGUGGGACUCAUCUAUUGGCUGUACAUGAAGAAUUCCAGACAAGGAAGCUGGAAAACCAAUGAAAAGGAGAUGGGGACGUCUGAGGAGAGCAAAAAGCUAGAGGAGAACAACCACAAUGUUUAAGGACAUCCAGUUGUACUCGGGGACAAAAAAGAAGCAGUCAAAAGAGGCUGAAAAUCAAGACUCCCCGCUGGCUGCGGACUCCCUCCAUCAGGCUGCACAAGAGCAGCAAACAGUCUGAGUAAAAGUUCCAACACUUCAAACCCACAGCCCGCUGCACCCACUCUCCAUGCUGCAGCCGUGUUGAGGCUGCCUUGUUUUACUGUCACUUCCUUUUUGUGUUCCUGGUGAAUGCUCUUUGCUUUACGUAUUGUUUUGUUUUGUUUUAUUCAAGUGAUCUGUGAGGCUGUACGGAGAGUUUUAAGCUCUCCUUGUUUUGUUUUGUUUUUUUUGUUCCUGUUCUUGAAUUCCGUUAAAGAAUGUAAAUUUCCUGUACCCAUUUUCAAGACCUGUGUAAGAAAUGAUAAUU